AUGCAAAUGACACCUUUGUUAACAUUUCUAGCCACAAUAUUCAUUGCUCUGCCUUAUGUUCAAUCAAGCCUUAGCAACACUGGUGACAUAAACUGGUGGUGCAACCAGACACCGAAUCCGAAACCAUGCACAUAUCACAUGAGCCACAUUCCGGGACAAGAGGGUACAAAGAUUUCAAGAAAGCAAUUCUUAAACUUGGCUGAACAAUCAGCCUUGGACGGGGUAGUAUCCGAAUUAGGAUACAUAAAAUCACUGGAGCCGAAUGUUAUUAACAAUGCUGAGAGAUCAGCUUGGUCAGAUUGUUUACUGUUCUAUAAUCUCACUGUGAAGUCCCUGAGCAAGAUUGUUGAUGUGAACAAGAAAAGUACAGCUGCUGACAUUCAGACGUGGCUUAGUGCUGCGUCGACAAACAUCAUUACGUGUGACGAGGGCUUCUCUGAUGUCAAUGUGACCAACAAUAUCUAUCCACUUGUGAUUGCAAACAAUGUGACAGAGCUGAUAAGAAACUGUCUGGCUGUGAACAAGGUGUUUUUCGACCAAGAAAAAGGGAAGAGGCACAAGGGGUCUCGUAAAUCUUUUCCAGGUAAUGAUAGUGUUUUUGGGAAUGCGGACUGUGUGGUGGCUCAGGAUGGCUCUGGAGAUUACGAAACUAUUACAGAAGCUCUACAAGCAUCAGCCAAGAGACAGGAUGUCAGUCAGAGGUUUGUCAUACAAGUGAAACAGGGGACUUACGCGGAAUAUCCUGUUGUUGAGGCUGAAAUGGAGAAUGUUGUGCUAGUUGGGGAAGAUAUGGAGAACACCAUAGUUACCGGGAACCAAAGAGGUGCUCCUGGUCGAACCCUCAUGGAUACGUUGGACGGGAAAAAUGAUCUCGUCCAACGGUUAAAAAGCACUAAACAUGCCGCUAUAAUUCUAGCCGCUGGAUAUUCAUCCAACGGCCAGGAAGCUGUAUUGGAUAAGGGGUCCUUGGCAGACAUAUGCGAGAGACCAAAAGCCCUUACAAUAUAG